AUGAAUGAUCACGAGAUGGAUCACGAAGCUGAUCGCAGCAACAGCGGCUACAAAACUCUGGGAGCUCGUAGUGAUGUUGAGUCAGAGGCUGAGUCUCCCAAGGGGAGCAAGCAGCGUCCUGUCCAUGGCAGGGCAGUCUUCAUCACGUACACGCAGAGUCGCGUUGAUGAUCCGGAGGAAUUCCACUCUUGUUUUUGCGCUUCGGUCAAGGCGUACAUCAAUCCGAAGCAUCGUGAGGACCCGGACGGGCUUCAGGUGUAUGGUGUGAUGGACUUACACAGCGAUGGCAAGCCUCGCUACCGGGUAUUGAUGUUGAUCAAAGAGUCCGUUCAAUGGAGGAACGCAUGUAGGAAGCUGCGCGUUUGGAUCACGAGGGACGGGAAGAGUGUCGUGGACACGGACGCCAUCCACAUCAAGACGAAACGGAAGGGUGAGCGGAUGGAAAAGUUCAUCGAAGAUACGCAGGCGUCUUUUGUCAAGGACCUGGGUGCAGGUGCUGUCCUUUUUGGUAAGCGCAUCGAAGGCGCUACGGCCUCCAAAAAGGAGGAUCACUGGGCACAGGCGGUGCUGGGUACCGACGAUGCGGAUGAGGCGGAGCGAAUCAUCAUGGUGAACUACCCUAGGAAGUAUGUGCUGGGACACAAUGGUAUCAAGAGCUUCCUUCAUACGAAGAGGAUGAGGAUGUCGCCCCAGCCGCACGUUCUUAAUUUUGCCCCGCGUCCGUACAAGAUGACGGCGCCGAUGAAGAAGUGGUAUAAUGCUAAUUUUGUCCAUCAUAAGGGUGGACAACACACAAGCCUGGUGCUAGAGGGUCCUCCAGGCUGCGGAAAGACAGAGUGGGCGCUUCAGCUUGCUAAGAUGCCGGCCCGUUGCGACGGUGGAUGGAACAUGGACGAGUUCGUCAGGCCUGGCUUUACCCAUGUCGUGUUGAGCGACAUGAUUCUCAAAGACUUUCGUUAUGCGCGUCAGUUUUUGAGCUGCCAGGCAGAGGUAACUAUGACGGGUAAGUACAGGAGAGAACGGCGAGUGAGGCUGGGUGUGCCUGUGAUUUGGACAUGCACCAGUGACAACAGCCCUCUCAGAGUGCCAGCUUUGAAGAAGUACAUUGAAGACAACGGUGUUACUGUUGUAAAGAUUAAGCCAGGACGUAAAUUAUUUUAG